UUUCGCUUCGGAGCGCAGCGGAGCUAUGGUUGUUAUUGCUGCACCGCCCUCUGCUGGUCACAGCGUGGCGACAACAGCGGCGCAGCUGAUCGCCGAUCACAAGUCUGGUCUCGACAGCCUUGUCGCCCAAAGCAAGCAAGCAAACCGUGUCUUCUAGGCUUCAAUUAAAUUCUGCUUGGCUUGCGAGAUCGGGCGCGGUUUUUUUUCGGUGGUCAUUGAACGGUGCCGUAGUUGUAGUAGUAGUAGUUGCAGUAUUGGUCGUGAUAAUUAUUAGACGGGUGAUUUUUAGCGGAGGAACCCCCUCCGGUUGGGUAAAGGGGGAUUUCUGGCCCGGCUUCGUUUCAUCGCCGGCCUGUUUAAAGGGGUGAGGACAGCAAAGUGGAUCGUGAUGAUCGGACGUCUCCUGGCCUGGUAACGUUUGGACAUCUUCGACAUUACGAGAGGUCGAGGCUUCGAUCACGGAGAGACGCACAUUGCGGCUCUGUCAAAGGACUGGCCGCAUCCAUCAUUCAUUAAGGACCACGCCGUCUCCUCGCCAACACGCCGGUGGCAGUGAAACAUUUUUUUGAGUUCGAGACGUUGAUGCCACGAGCAAUGGAGAACGCAAAAGAGGAGUUUGUGGAAGUUCGCGUCCGAGAUCCCCAAAUCCAGAACAGGAAUUCAUGGCAUCCUCACGUGGAUUAUGAGAUAUUCCUGCACACUAACAGCAUAAGUUUCACGCGCAAGGUGUCUUGCACCCGUCGUCGAUUCCGGGAGUUCGUGUGGCUGCGCAAGUGCCUGGAGAAGAGCACGAAUCUCGAGCAGCUACCGGACCUGCCACCCGGGAACCUCUUUUUCAGCUGCUACAACGAAAAUGACGUUGAGAUGAGGAGGCAGGGCCUUCAGAAUUUCCUGCACAGGAUAGUGAAGAUGAUCGUCGUGCUGUCGGACAGCCGUCUGCACCUGUUCCUGCAGAGCCGGCUGAGCGUAAGCGAGAUGGACGCGUGCGUCUCUGGCCUCACCAGCUUCUCCGUCCGCGAUGCCAUAAUGUGCCAGCAGCGCGCCGGCUGCCGCUUCCCUAUGGAAGAGCCACCACUGCAACCGCAGCAGCUGCGGCAGCCGCAAGAGGAGGAGGAGGAGGAGAAUGAGGUGGCUCCUGCUAGGGAUGCGUCGCCCCCUCGCAAGAGCCACCCAGAUGUACUCGCCAUGUCCACAUACGAUGGCGAAGGAGAGAAACCCUGCUGCGGGGAAUAUGACACAGAGAGUGAACAGGACUCUGGGUCGGGCUCACACAACAAUUGCUUGGAGUAACUUCGAGCAACAUCACAGAGCCAGCAGAGGGAGCCAAAGCAGAAAGCAUUCAGCUUAACCAACCCAGCAGCUGACAUCUCCUGGCUUUGAAAUGGACCAGCUACCAGCAUGUACCAAAACGCUGGGCAACUGGGAUCUGGCAAAUUCCCGACAAUCAAUCCACUGCUGGAUUAGGGUCUCACUCAUGCAGUACAGGUGGUGGUGGGUUGUAUGGCUAUACCGCACCAUGCUGGUCGGUCUGGGUUGGUGAAAACGCAGAGCCACAGACAGGAGCAUAGCAGUGCAAUGGAUUGUGCUCCACUGCCCUCUGCUGCCCACAAAGUAGCCCAGUAACAGGCUACAACACCUGUUUUAUGCACAGUGAAAUUGGGACCUGUCAAAUCCCCGCACCAUUAUAGCCUCUUGCAAAUCACCGUGGAGUCCUCCGUAAUGAUUUUGAUAUUUAAUUUAUACACGUGUGUGUGUGUGUGUAGGGUUAAGUUUUGGGUCGCACAUAUGGCUUGUAAAGGGGUGUCUGUGUGCGCGUCUUAAAUGUUGGAAGUGGUGGCAGUUGUGCUUGCAUGCAGAAUUGGGUCUUUAACCCCACCACAGCUAUACUGUGAGCAAUAUUGCUUCUUUAACAUCUUGGUAAUAUAUUUUAAGGUGUCGCUUAUUACUUUAUGAAUAUAUGCAUUAAUGUUUGACCUUUACCUCCUUUAAUGUACGCAUGUGUACAUUUUGGAGUUUGAAAACAUGCAUUGUGUAGACAUCACAAUUCAGCAUACAAAAAACUGAGUUAACGAUAUAAAAUAUCAGCUUCAUAAUUAUGGAUGGCACAUUGCCCGUAUUUCAAGAUACAGUGGUAUAAUAAGCUUUGCAAUUAUAAAUGUUCGAAUGUUUUAGAAAAAUUGUUUUUUUACAUAGAAGAGAAAGCUAAUGUAGAGUAUAAAUUAUUUCAAUGUUGCACUGGUUUGUAUCCUGUCAUUACGAUUUUUAUUUAAUUAACAUUUCCUAAAGCACAUGCAGACAUGUUUACGAAGACAGCAAUUAGAUCAAACUGUGCAAUACGUAUACUGUGGAGUAUUACUUUAUACAGUGUUCAAAGUUAUAUUUUCUGCUGGUGAAAAGUGAACAUCUUUUGGUGUGGCUUGUAUGAUAAUUGUAAAUUCUGGGACAAAGUUGGUGCUUGAAAUGUUUAAUAAAUAUUUCUGGUAUGCAGCACUC